GGGGAGUUUUUUCUAUUGGGGCUUGUAGUUUGUGUGGAGAUAUUUGGUUCUGUGAAUUUUGUGUUUUCGUUUGUGCCUUAGUUUGUAAUUUAGAUUAAUAAAUGUCUGGGUUUGUUUUUAGAUCAGUUUCUGUCUGUUUUUGGUGCAUCUGGACUUGGUUUGUUGCGGCCAGUCGAGCCGGCCGUAACACGUGGAAGAUCCAAUCUUUAGGAGACUCCCUUCGAAGCCUGGAUGCGGCGGUCCAUGCAGUACCUCGGCGAGUGCGAGCACUUCCUGGCCACGGGCUCCGAGCGGCGUGCGUUCCCUCCACCCCCUCCCAUGCCGCCGGUGCCCACGCCCGUCUGGCUGCUCAGCGUGUACUGCUUUGACGUUUGGUCGCGGCUGGACAAGGUGAAGGCCAGGGUCACCUCCACAUUCGGAUCCAUUUUGAAAAUGGAUUCGACAAAGAAGAAGCUCACUAGUGUCGCUGCAGACACGGCGGCCUAGGCAACGAGCGUCGGAAACAAGUUCGGGCAGGUCCUCAUUACGGUGCUGACCGUUUCCGAAGGCGAGGGCCUGCUGCCCAUGGCUGCCAGCUUAAUGCAGCAAUACCGAGUCGCCGGGGUGGCACCCCCCCAGCUCAUCUACGUGGACCGGGACUGCUGCUCUACAUUUGGCGGAUCGAAGACGGCUGCCGUGUUCCAUGAAUGGGACAAGCUGGUGGUCAGACUGGACGUGUGGCACCUCAUGCGUCGCUUCGCUGCGGGUGUCACCACAGAAAGCCACCAGCUGUACGGAACAUUCAUGCGGCAGCUGUCUGCGUCCUUCUUUGAGUGGGACGAAGAGGACGUCCGCCUUCUGAGAGAGGCAAAGCGGUCGGAGCUGGAGGAGAAGCGCAGGAUGGUCGGCCUGACGAACACUGAGGUCUCGAUGUUGCUCACCAAGAAGGAGCUCGCGCUCCACUGCCGUCGCCGCACGCGUGGAGCUGAGGAGACGGAGCGCCUCGUCGACGAGCUCAUUGAGACCAUGGACAGCGAGAAGGGACACGACACCCUGGGCAUCCCGCUGCUGGACCACGACCGCAUCCAGGCGAUCUGGGCGGAGCAGAAGCGCCACCUCCGCUGCAUACAGGACCCACCAGGUGUGAGCCUGUACACUCAGACCGGUCAGCUGACAAAGGGAGAUGUCAAGCUGCCGGUCUUUCGCUGCGCGCGCGGUUCAACAUCGCUGGAGUCAUUCCACCUCCACCUCAACCGGUUCAUCCCAGGUAUGCAAAUCACCUGUUCGCCUGCCGUCGUAAAAUGGUUGGCGAGCAAAACGGUUGAGAUAAAUUUACAUCUUCACUAA